AUGAUGAUGGGGAACGGCGGCGGGUCUGGGAACAUGAUGAUGGCCAACGGCGCUCCGGUGCUUCGCGGCGCGGCGGCGAACGGCGCCACGUUCAUGGGCGGCGGCAUGGGCAACCAGCAGCAGCAGCAGCAGCAUCAGAUGAUGAUGAUGCAGCAGCAGCAGCAGAUGCAGAUGCAGCAGCCGCCCGCGGAUCAGAAGCCCGGGGGGAAGCAAAAGAAGCUCACCGCCGCGCAGCAGAAGAAGCUCGCCGAGCAGAUGAAGAAGCAGCAACAGCAGCAGAUGAUGAUGAUGCAGCAGCAGCAGAUGCAGGGGGGCGACGGUCAAGGGCGGGACGGCAAACCCAUGACAGAGGAGGAGAUCAAGAAGGCGUACAUCGUCAAGCAGCAGCGAUGGCUCCUCUUCCUCCGCCACGCGUCCAAGUGCCAGGCGGCGGAGGGCCAGUGCCAGUACACUCCCCACUGCCACGUCGCAAAGUCGCUCUGGGAGCACGUCCUGAAGUGCACGAAUUCCCAGUGCCAGUACCCGCGGUGCCUCGCCUCACGCGAACUCCUGAAGCAUCACCAGAACUGCAAGGAUGCCCGCUGCCCCGUGUGCGGCCCCGUGCGGUCCGCCAUGCUCAAGCAGCGAUCGCAGAUGCUCAUGCAGCAGCAGCAGCAGACGGGCGGUCCCAACGCCAAGCGGAUGCGAACCGACGGGCAGUUCAUGCCCGUCGGCCCGCCCGUCGCGCAGGUCAAGGGCAGCGUCGGCCAGAAGCGUCCGGGCGGCGAGGGUACCUCGCUGAUGGAGUGCUUCACCCCCGACGAGGUUCGCACGCACCUCGCGUCUCUUCGCCUGUCGGAGACGGCUAACCCGGUGGCGAAGGGUCAGCCGAUGAGCGCCAGGCGAAGAGACGCGGAGGCUGAGAAGGCCAUCGCGGGCGCGUCGGAGAGCGCGUGCCAGGGCUGCGGCGUGGAGCGGCUCACGUUUGAGCCCCCGCCGCUGUACUGCUACGCGUGCGUGGGUCGGAUCAAGCGCGGACAGGUGUAUUACCACAUCCCGCCAUCCGCGACGGGCGGCGAGGUUCGCAAGGAUGCCUGGUGCAACGGGUGCUACAACGCGAUCCAGGGGCACGUGGAGCUCGAGGGCCAGAAGUGGCCCAAGAACGUCCUCGCCAAGAAGAAGAACGACGACGACCUCGAGGAACCCUGGGUGCAGUGCGACUACUGCAACAGCUGGUACCACCAGAUUUGCGUGCUCUUCAACGGGCGGCGCAACGAGGGCGGCGAGGCUCCGUUCACGUGCCCGCAGUGCAUCCUCUCGCAGCUCGAGAAGAAGGAGCGCACGCCCACGACCAAGCGCCCGAGCUCGCAGCUCCCCGCCUCCAUUCUGCCCCAGACAAAGCUCUCGUUCUUCCUCGAGGAGCGCCUUCGCAAGGUUCUGGGUCGCGAACGGCAGGAGCGGGCCAAGCUCCUCGGCAAGCCCGUCGACGAGGUUCCCCACGCGGAGGGUCUCACCAUUCGCGUCGUGUCCUCAGUGGAAAAGAAGCUGGACACCAAGUCCAAUUUCAUGCGCGUGUUCAAGGACCAGAAGUUCCCCGAGUCGUUCCCGUACAGAUCCAAGGUUCUCCUGCUCUUCCAGAAGAUUGAGGGCGUGGACGUGUGCCUCUUGGGCAUCUACGUCCAAGAGUACGGCAGCGAGUGCCCGGCGCCCAACACCCGCCGCGUGUACCUCUCCUACCUCGACUCUGUCAAAUACUUCAGGCCGUCCGGCAUCCAGGUGGCCACCGGCGAGGGCUGCGCGCUUCGCACCUACUGCUACCACCAGAUUCUCAUCGGAUACCUGCAGUACGUGAAGCAGCGUGGGUUCACCUCGUGUUUCAUCUGGGCGUGCCCCCCAUUCCAGGGCGAGGACUACAUCCUCUACUGCCACCCCAAGGAGCAGAAGACGCCCAAGAGCGACAAGCUGCGCGAGUGGUACCUCAAGAUGCUCCGGCAAGCGCAGAAGGAGGGGAUCGUUCUCUCGCUGGGUAACCUGUACGACGAGUUUCACCUGGGGAACCAGAACCACGACAUCGCGUCGGCGACUGAGCUUCCGUACUUUGACGGCGACUACUUCCCCGGCGUCGCGGAGGAUUGGAUCCCGGGCAUCGAGAAGGAGCAGGCUGAGAACGCGAAGAAGAACAAGGGCAAGAAACCCGCGCCGCAGAGCAAGACGCGCGGGAAGAAGCUGCCCAACGCGGAGGUUGGCGACGACCUGGACGUCGAGCUGGCCAAGAAGCUGGGCGCGACGAUUCAGAACAUGCGACACGACUUCAUCAUGGCGCACCUCGCGCACCAGUGCACCCAGUGCCGCAAGUGCAUCGCCGACGACAACCGCUGGUACGACAGCACGCCGUCCGACAAGGGGACCGUGUUCGAGCUCUGCCAGGAGUGCUACGACGUCGAGUCUGCGCUUCCCGCGCACGACAAGGUUCUCACCAAGGGUCGCGACCUCGUGUGCGAGCGGGUGGAGGCGCUUGUCGAAAAGACGGGGGACGACGUCGAGGAGAUGCAGUCGGAGUUUUUCGACACCCGCCAGGCGUUCCUGUCCCUGUGCCAGGGCAACCACUUCCAGUUCGACUCGUUGCGCAGGGCGAAGCACACCACGAUGAUGGUGCUGUACCACCUGAACAACCCGAGCGAGCCGGCGUUUGUGGCGACGUGCAACGUGUGCCAGCGCGAGCUGGAGCCCGGGAAGGGGUGGCGGUGCGAGACGUGCCCGGAUUACGACAUCUGCGAGGAGUGCAAGAUCUCGGUGGGCCACGAGCACGCGUUGGUGCGCAGCGGGCAGAGGCACAGCGGUGCGGCUGGCGGCAUGACGGAGGAGGACAGGCGCGACCGCCAGGCGCAGAUUCAGCGCACGAUGGAGCUCCUGGUGCACGCGACGACGUGCAAGCUGGCCAACUGCGGCUCGCCCAACUGCACCAAGGUGAAGCACCUGUUCAAACACGCGAUGUCGUGCACGAUGAAGGCUGGCGGCGGGUGCCAGCUGUGCCGCAAGAUGUGGACGCUGCUGCAAGUGCACAGCAAGGGGUGCAAGGCGACCAACUGCCCGGUGCCUCGGUGCAGGGAUCUCAAGGAGUAUCGCAGGAGGGCGACGGAGCAGAUCGAGGAGCGCAGGCGCGAGCAGUACCGCAUGUACAUCAACCAGCAGAACGCCGCGAUGGGCCGUUAA